CUCUUUUCCUUUUCACUUUCUUUUUUUUUUUAUAUACAUAUUUAUAUUGUGUACCUUAUCUUUCAUAUCCAACGACCCAUAUUAUCCUAUCUCUGAAAUAUAUAGAGUAGAACCAGUUCUUCCUUUUCUUUUAUAUAUAUAUAUCUUCCAUGACAACUCCUCGUAUCUAUACAGCCGUCUAUUCUGGUGUAGCAGUCUUCGAAAUGGUGGUCAACAAUAUAACUAUCAUGAGAAGAAGAGUGGAUUCACAUAUGAAUGCUACACAAAUCCUUAAGGUUGCUGGUAUUGAAAAGGGAAAACGAACAAAGAUUUUGGAACGAGAGAUUCUACCUGGUGAACACGAAAAGGUGCAAGGCGGUUAUGGCAAAUUUCAGGGUACUUGGAUUCCUCUUCAAACGAGUAUAGAUUUGGCCAAACGCUAUAAUGUCUAUGAUCUUGUCAAACCAAUGAUUGAAUUUAACCCUGCAACGGCUGGAAAUAUUGAUGAAAAGGGACACGUAUUGACCAAAGAACAAGCACAACUCUAUGACAAACAAACACAACCAUCAAAGAAGAAACGAGAAUUACGAGAACUAGCCAUUGCCUCGGGAUCUUCAUCAGCAUUACCAUCAGGAAAUUCACAACAACAACAACAACGACAUAUGGAUAGUGGUGACACAUCUCGUGUACAAAAGAAAGCACGUAUCGAUCUUCCUCCUUCCAUUGAACCAACUGCCAGUGACAACUCUGCUGAAUCCAAACAUCGCGCCAUUCUCAUGUCUAUCUUUCUUUCUGAUGAUAAUGUUGAUAUUCCUGACUUGCUACGAACAUCUGAAGGAAUUGAUCUUGAUCUGGCAUUGGAUGAACAAGGGAAUACAUCACUACAUUGGGCAUCAGCACUUGCACGACUGAAUACGGUGGAACAAUUGAUCAGCCAUGGAGCAGAUGUCUGUCGACAAAAUUAUCACGGUGAAACACCAUUGAUGCAAAGUGUAGCAGCUACCAACAACUUUGAUCGAGAUUGUUUUCGAAAAUUACUCAAGCUUUUGGAAAAUUCAAUGUACAUCACCGAUCACAAACAUCGUAGUGUCAUCCACCACACUGUUCUCACCACUGGUAUCAGUGGUCGCGACAUAGCAGCUUUAUAUUAUAUGCAUCACUUAUUACAUCACUUGGAUAAAAAAUCACCACCACCCGCACAUCAAUCAUCCUCACCCGUUUCUCCUUCCGCUUCUCGUGGUAAAUUGACUCUGUUGAAUAUGCAAGAUUCUCAAGGUGAUACUGCACUUAGCAUUGCUGCAAGGUUGGAGUGUAAACGUAUGGUUGAAUUAUUGGUGGAUGCUGGAGCUGACCCUGCCUCUGAAAACAAUCUUGGUUUGGUGGUAAAUGAUUAUACAAUGUCAGAGCAAUUAUCAAAGAGUACAAAAGAAACUACCAGUUAUGAUAACGACAAUACCGAUCAAACACUCAAAGUACCACCCUCUGCUACUCUUUUUGCCAAAAGGUCUGUAGGAUCCAGUCAGCGUGGCAAAGAAAUUGUUGCAACUGUACAAAAGAUUGUGGAUGCUCUUGAUGAAGAAUAUGGUGGCCAGCUAUCAGAAAGAGAAACGCAACUGAAAGAAACAGAAGAACAAUUGGAAAAGACAACACAAGCAUUGGAAGCGGCAAGAAAAGAAUUGGAAAGACGACAAGAACAAUCACAACUCCUUGCAGAAGGACAGCAGAAGGUGCGAAAUCUUAAUCAAGCUUUGGAAACAGGAUGGCAUGAACUAGAAGUUUUACUACAAAAGAACAAUGAAACAUUGGACAAAGAAGCAGUGCUGCAAUUUGAUGUAGAUCAGAAUAUUGACUCUAUGUUUGAUAUCAAGAAUGAUAACGUGGAUAAGGUGAUUCAACUUCGAGCUCGGAUUAGUGCUUAUACUCUUAACAACAAUGCGCUCAAAACAUAUGUGGAUGGACUACGUGCAGAAACAGCAGAAAAGGAAUUACAAUGCAAACGAUUGAUUGCAGCAUGUUGUAGUUUACCUAUUGAUAAGAUUGAUGAAUUGGUGGAACCCUUGACUUUAGCUAUUGAAAGUGAUCCUCCUGAUUUGGAUUUGGCUCGUGUGAUUGGUUUUAUGGAAAAAAUACGUCGACAAGGUGCUUUUAAUGAUACUGGUUCUGAUGAUCUUCCCCAUGUGCUUCCUUCUUCUUCAUCCAAGACUACUUCUCAGGUUCCUGCUUCUCCAGGCCCCUCUUCUUCUACAACGUCUACAAGUUAUGAUGGUUUAUCAAGGUCAAGUAAUAAUGUCGCCACUAGUCAUAUUAGAACUUCUUCCCAACCCCUGCAAACAAAUUCUCCAUGAUACUUUUAUCUUUUUUUUUUUUCUUUGUUAUUUUUUUUUAUUUUUUAUUAUUUUAAUUGUUUAUUCUUGAUGUUGAU